UUGAUGGUUGGACGCGGUUUGACGCUGAUUUACCUACUGAAGACAUUCUUCUGCAACGUGCAAGCUACUUUACAUAGCAUAAUGUAUCGUGCACUGAAAGUAUGACACACAUUGCAUGACAUUAAACACUUUAGUUAAAGGUCAGAGGCUCGUUCAACAAGACGUUUUAUCCAAACUAAAAUAAGAUAACCAUGGCAAAUCAUUUCCACCUGAACACACCGCUGCUGGAGAGUGUCAGCAUGUCCAAACGCGUGGGAACAACUGUGUAUCUGAAGAUGGAGAAUGCACAGCCCUCCGGCUCUUUCAAGAUCCGUGGCAUCGGACACCUCUGCCAGCAGAUGGUCAGACAGUCCAAAGGGGUUGUUUGCUCUUCAGGUGGUAACGCAGGCAUGGCUGCAGCCUACGUAGCCAGAAAAAUGGGUGUACCAGCCACCAUCGUAGUUCCCUCCUCUUCUCCUCAGUUGGUCGUUCAGAGACUCCAGGAUCAGGGUGCUACUGUCAAGAUUACAGGCAAGGUUUGGGAUGAUGCCAAUGCAGAGGCUCUCCGACUGGCGGAGACCGAAGGACUCACCUACGUUCCUCCAUUCGAUCACCCGCUGCUCUGGCAGGGCCACAGCAGUAUGAUCACAGAGGUUGCAGCAUCUCUGGGGCCCGGUGUGAAGCCUGGAGCUGUGCUGCUGUCUGUGGGCGGAGGAGGGCUGCUCUGUGGUGUCAUCCAGGGCCUGAAGGAUGUAGGCUGGGCAGAUGUACCCAUCCUUGCCAUGGAGACAGCGGGGGCCAACUGUUUUAACGCCGCGGUUAAGGCGGGGAGGUUGGUCACCCUGGAUGACAUCACCAGCGAGGCGAAAUGUCUCGGAGCAAAGACCGUUUGCAAGAAAGCUUUUGAAUACAGCCAGUGCAACGAGCUUACAAUCAUUUCUGAACUUGUGACUGACCAGCAGGCUCUGCGUGCUGUCGAAACAUUCCUGGAUGAAGAGCGUGUGUUGGUGGAGAUGGCGUGCGGAGCAGCACUAGCAGCUGUCUACAGCGGAUUUAUACGCAGAUUACAGGAUGAAGGUCUGCUGCCGACUCUCUUGGGCCCCCUGCUGGUGAUUGUGUGCGGUGGCAGCAGCGUCGACAUGCAGCAGCUGACCCAACUCAAACACAAACUGCAGACUUAAAGUACUCUAUGUACUGUAUGCAGACGUGUCUAAGGGCAACCCAUUUUCACUCCUAACUCAUCUUCAAAUACAGCAGCUUUUUCAGUGGCUCUCAGCAUCUGAUACUGACGCGCAAGGCCCCCGUUGAGUCUGUAUGAGGCAGUCUUGCACUUGCUCGACCUCGGCGCUGUGACAUGACGUAGUAUUAAGAGCGACGAAGUCCACGUAGAAGGGUGAGGUCGGGAUGGAUGGAUGUGGCACUUAUUUGAAAUAACAUCUCAUGCCAACUAAAUUACAUUACAUAGGUAACAUAUUUAACGUCACAUACGUAAGUAAUGCAGCAAACACACUUUUAAGUUCAAUUCAAUUUUAUUUUUAUACCGCCAAAUCACAACAACAGUUCUCUCACUGCGCUUUUCAUAAAAGAGCGGGUCUAGACCGUACUCUGUUAUGUUAUUUACAGAAACCCAACAAUUCUCACCAAGAGCAAGCAACAGGCGACCGAGGCAAGGAAA